AUGAAGGUGAAGCUAGAGGUUCUUAUCUCUACUUGUAUCAAGCAAAGAAAACCAUGGCCUCGCAUCUCAUGGGUUGGACAGGAAAAAGAGGCUGUUUUUCUUCUAGAUGAUAAAGAUAUACAUGAAAUUAACCUGGCAUCGGGGAAGACAAAGAAGAAAAUCCCUCGGCUGCAGUCAUUGUUGAAAAGUGUAGUUGUUUUAACAACAUCAAGAAAUGGAAUGCUUAAAACAGGAGAGCUGUUUCUUUGGAAUAAAGAUCAGGACUGCUUGAAAAUUGUGCCAGCAAUCGAAGAGUCUAGGACAGUAGUUGCAGCAGCACAAGAGUGUUUAAUGAGAUUGUAUUUGUAUGUAUCUGGAGAUGGCAGAAAGGCAUUGCUAGCUACUGCUACAGCAUGUGUCUUUUUGUGGGAGAGCACAGAACAUGAAAAUACGUCCUCUUAUAAAAAUUCUUCAUUUGGGCGUUGGGCACAAAUUUUGCCUGAAGAAUCAGUCAUGUUGCCUUCUACUGAAGAAAAAGAAGUUGGGGUGCAUGCUGCUUUCAUACAAAAUGAGAUACUGGGUGAUUGCUGUUUGUGCUCUUUUGUGUUUUACUCUGAGGAGUGUUUGGUGUUCACAUUUUUGAUUCUUCGAUGGCAUGAAAGCAGCUUCAAAUAUGUUAGUUCUUUGCCAUACCAGAUACAUUGGGUACAGCAGACUUGUUCUCUUGUUAAUUUGGUUCCUCGGUGUGUAUCGGUAAAGUCAAGAGGAGCUUUGCUGUGUGCAUUUGCAAGAGAUGGACUUCUGCUUGCAGUUGCUGUUAAUCAAACUGAUCCAAAGGCAACUCAGAUUUUGUUUUUAAAUACAUUGAAUUUUGUAACUGUUUCGGGUAGCCUUAAAGGUUGUAGUAGCAGGAAUAGCACAGUCCCAUCCAAAUUUAUCAGAUCUUACUGGGUUGGUGAUAUGAGUUGGACUCCUGAUAGCCUCUUCUUGGCUUGCAUGUUAAAACGUGGAUCUUUGAUUUUAUUGACAUGUAUGGGUGAAAUGCUGACCUUGAUUACUUCUGGCUGCUCUGUAGAAUUUGGACCAGCAGAAUUUAUUCCACUUCAUCCACUAAUAACAUACAGACAGCAGCAUUCUUUUUGUCAAGACUCUGGUCAGUCUCUUCAUUCUUCCGAUUCUGAAAGUGACCUUAUGAGACAGAGAUUCUCUGUUGCUUCACAUUCAAGACUACCCUACCUCAUUGUCUCUGAUGGAUACAUGAUAACAGUGCUUAGGUUUCCUAAGAACCUUUCACCAUCAGGAUUUGUAAGAUCCCUUUUGCUUGAUUCAACCCAACGAAUUGAAAAUAUCCAUCGGAAUUUGCUGAACUCUAAGUCUAAAGGGAGGCCUCUGUUUUUAAGAUCACUGUUGUCUUUAAAAGCUAGUCUUCUAAAAGAUGCUCCAGACCAAAGUACCAUCUUUUCCACCAUUCCGAAAUUCCUGGAAGAGGACACAAUGAGUGAGAAAACCAUGGAUUUACUGGUAUUUGAAUCAGAUGACGAAAAGCAGGUUUGCAAUAGCCCUUCCAGCUUCUGUAGCCGAAGAACCCAUUCAUUUGUUGGUAAAGCAGAUCAAGGCCACUUAGAAUUUGCAUCAAUGUUUGAUACUAUCCAUGCAAAUGACGAUACUGAAGAGAAAGAUUCGUCAUCAGUGGAACUCCGUUCCAUUCGGGAAAACCUCCUUGCUGCAUGGCAGAUAGGGAUUUCAAAAACGACGGAGGAGAAGGAUACAUUGCUGAAUUACACAGUGAACUGCAUGAUCCAUUUUUUCAACAUUCUUCAGUUUGUGAAAAGUUCUUUGCUAAACCAGGAUGCAUCUUUAAAUAAGUCUGUGAAGAAUACUCACUGGAUGCAUUGUGUCCUAAAAUGCUUUCAACAGUGUUUAACUGUCUUGCACUGGCAUUCAAGAGCCAGUCUAACUGGGCAUGUGGCAAAGUUGACAUUGCAAACUUUAAAACUGAUGCUUAUACAGCACCAAGACGAAUUGUUCUCAAAAAGCCUUUUGGCAUGCUUCUGUCUUUUGAAAAUGGUUUCCCAUACUCUAAGUAGCGUGUGCCUACUACAGUACGAGAAUUGUUUUGCAUCCCCUCAUGAUAAUAGUCUUGUGGAACUUGACUCUCUCACUGUGCCUGUUUUCCAAGUUCUUGAUGAGACUACUACUCAGCAGUUCAGCUCACUGAAAUCUCUUCUUAGAGAGCCUCCUCAAGGAGUGAACCAUGAUGCAAAAACAGAAAAAAGGUUGAUUGUACUGUGGCGAUUAUUGUAUAAGAAGGUGGUUUGGUAUCAGAUGCAGCUGAACAGAAAAGUGAACAAGAAUGCAGAAGAAGAGUCUAUUGUCUCAUUGCUUUUAGGUCAUAUACAAGCGACCCUCCAAUCCUCAGGAGUGACGUUAGAACAGCAUUGGAAGAUUAAUUCUGUAUCUGGUGAGGAGAAGUUCCUUUUAGGCUCAUACGGGGAAUCUGUGGACAUCUGGAGAAGGUGCCUUAGCGAAAUAAAGGCAAAAGGAGGAAAAAGAACACGUUUUCUUCAGAGUAGAUAUUAUCUUGCAAUAUUAUUUUGCCAUCUGUAUCAAUAUAACUUGAGUGAGGCUCAGGGACUCUGUGAUCAUCUGGUAGGAGAGAUUCUAAGGCGAUCACAGCUCUCAGUGUGUCAGAUGGAAAAUUUUUCUGGUAUGUAUUUUCAGCAUGAACUAUGGAUGGUAACAGGUGUUCAUACAGAAGCUGCUAUGGCUGUGAUUCGAUCCAUGGCACGAUUCAUGGCAGCUUACUUCACAAAUCAGCUGCUUUAUAUCUUUCCACCACAUUGGGUUAACAUCCUACCUCCACUUCACAUCCAACAAGACCGAUCUCCUCGUGUUAUUCCACUACAACACUCUUUGGUUACCAGAGCUGUCAGGGACCAGAACCUUUCGUCUGUGUGGACAGCUGAAUAUGCUCUUGAUUUGUUCUUUAUUGGUGGACUCAUUCCAGAGGCUGUGUGGUUAACACACAGACUUGGGGACUGGAAACUGGCUGUUUCCAUUGGUGUGACCUACCAGCUGUAUUGUCAGAAGUCUAGUGACUUCUCAAGAUUGAAAAACACGGAGUGUUUACUGCCUCUAAGCUUAUCACCAAUGCAGACUUUUCAGGAAAAGUUACAAUUUUUGUUAGGGCAGCCAGUUACUUCUGAACCACCAGGAUGUAUUCAAUACAAGCAGUUCACAGAUCCCAUUGAAGAGGAAGAUGCAGAUGUUCUUUAUCAUUCAAUACAGGAACUGCUGAAAGCAGCUGUUAUGGCAGAUGCAGAUAUUCUGUCAGAGACAUUUCAGCUUUUGAUGGAUUCUGCCAAGGAUAUUAGCAGAAAGCUGUAUGGUUUAGUUCCAGAUGGGCUUUAUCUUCCAGCACCACCAUUGUAUUGUCCUCAGCCAGCUUCUCUCAGUGAAGAAGACUGCAAUGAUAUUCUUCUAAAAACUGAGAGAGAAAGUCGUCAGAAAGUGUCAGGAGUUCUUCAGCGAAUUAUCUUGCUUUUCCGGGCUGCUUGUUGUUCCUACCCUGCAGCACAGUGGUAUAUUGCACAACUGAAGCACACGAGAAAAGUUAUGCAGAAAAUUCGAAUGAAAGGAUCUCUUCCUUUGCUGAGUCCCUUUCCAGAGACUUUGCUCCGUUACUCCAAGUUCCACACCGUUUUCCAUGCAUCUUCAUCUUUUGGAGACCAUCAGUUUGAUGAUAUAAACUGUAAAAUUUUAGGUUGGUUCAGAGAGCUGUGUGCAUUGUGUUGGAUGUUCCACGUUCGUGAAAGGUUAUCUGACAACUGUCGGCGGUACCAAACUGCAAGGGAAAACAUUAACAAUCAUGAGGAUCUGACGAAGAAUGAGUAUGAUGCCUCCACUGUUGAGCAUUGUCUGAAUGCAGUGGAGUGGGCUUGUCGGAUGCUUCCAUUCUGCAGAUUCAUGAAUGCUGAAGAAUUAGUUCAAGAUAUAAUUUUGAGUUUGCUUGGAGAAUUGCCACCAGUGAAAAAGGUGGCAGAGAUUUUCGUAAAAGCAUUUCCUAAUCCUGAAGAUAUAAGAGUUGCACUAAGAGAUAAAUACCAUGCACUUCAGCAGCGACUCAGGCACAGUUUUGUAAGAGAUCCUGAAAGUGAAGAAAUGAUGUCUGCUGUUUUAGACGCUAUGGAAAAAGUGAGAACAAGCUCAUUAAGACGUGUAAUAAGGAACAUAGGCCCUAUAGAAAUUAAUAUUUGGGAGCCAGUGGAAGAAGGAGCUGCAGAUGAUGAGGAACAGUGUUAUGAGGGAUUCUCAUUAGGCACUAGUCUAAGCAGAAGCACACUUACUGAUCUUGGAAAUCCUCAGGUAUAUAGUGAUGCUGACACAGCAGAUACACUUUCUGAUGCUUUGUUUGCUGAAGAAACGAGAGCUCAAACACCGUCACUCCAAAGGGAUAAUGAACAUCAGAGACAAGAAGAAAUAGGGAACAAAAAUACCACGUGCAUGACAAAAGCUCUUAUCUGGAAAACAAACCAUAAAGACAAAGUAUAUGGAAAAGGCAUGCAUAAUCAAUGUAAUUUGCCUAUAGUUGGUGCUUGGGAAUUUGAACGAGAUGAUGAUGAAUACGUUAUUUUUUUAGAACUCUUUUUGAGUUAUGUUCUUGAGAGAGAUCUGAUAAAGUACAGUGACCUUGGAGUUCCAUUUCUUACUAGCUUUUCUGAACUUCUUAGGGAACAUGAAUUAAACUCUCUCUUUUUUGAUGUCCAUACAACACUAAAACGUCGACAAGCCAAAACUAGAAGCCAAAGUGUCUUUAGAGCAGGGUCUUGCUAUACUGUAACCGUGGCAUCUUCUGAUCCUGAAGCAAAGUCUGGCUAUAAUGAAAACCAAAAUAGUCUGAAAAAUCCAACUAUUGCGCAGACAACAGAACCCUCUCUGCAUAACAUUAUGAAAGGACUUAAUGAAGGAUUAUUUGGUUUAAAGCACAGAUCAAUUUACAGAGCUCAGAGUGACAGUCAAGGAGUCACUGUUGCACCAGCAAGCCAGACCUUUCCUAUCCAUACUUUCUGUAGCCUGCAAACUGAGGCAACUUGUAAAUACGUUUACAAAACUGUUGAUGUAGUUGAUACUCUACCAGGAGAAGAACUAGCUAUAGAAUUGAUGGAUAAGUUGAACAAUAUUGCAAAAUUGCUUGAGUGGAUGAUCAGAUGGUCUGAUCAGAGACUGCUCUGUCAUUCCAAUAAACAAGAUUCCUUAGAAGAGAUUUUCCCUAUGAUACACGUGAAGACAUCAGCAGCUGCGGUCCUUACUUCUUUGUGGCUAUUAGAGCAGUUUUACAGAGAUGGAACUGAAGCGAAGAGCAUAAAAUACAAGAGUCUGGAUAAUCAGUAUCUGAAAGAAUCUGCGUCUGUAUCAGAAGCCGAGUCUAGGACAGAGAAAGAAAGUAGUACAGAUGAAGGCUCUUCCGUACUGGUCAGUCCUCUGCCUGAUGUCCAGAGUGUACAACCCUCUGAUCUUUGUGAAGUUGUUUUUGGAAUGUCUACUAAGCCAAAAUAUUAUAAUAAGAAGGAAAUUAAUGAUGGGAGUUAUCCUGUACCUCACAUGACUGAAGAUCUUAAUGAAGUGAGACCAUUUGUUCAGGAGGAGUUAGAUGUAACAUCAGAAAGAGAGUUCUUUGAGGAGCCAUUUGAAACUCCAAAGAGCACCAGUAGCUCUAUCAAGAUCAAACCUUUGGACCAUCAAGGAGGAAAGGUGGUUUCUGUUUCAGACAUAGAUAGUCCCCAGGAAGAUCAAAAGGCUGAAAAAACAAAAGGAGAGGCUCAGCAGAAUGUUGUGAUUAAGGUUGCUACUGGCACCAAUUCUCACUCAGCCUCUUUAGAACAAGAUGCAAAAGUUCCCAGUAAUAGAGAGAUUUCUCUAAGUGAUGGUCAGCCUUCUCAGACUGUUGAGUCAACAGCGUCAAGUCUUUUCUCCACUCCGUCCAUUUGUACAAAGAAGCAAGAUGUCAAGGAAGAAUUCCCUGCAGAAGAGAGAUUAAACACAUCAGAAACUGUCAGGCAGAUGCUCCAAGAUGAAAUGUUCAAGUUAGUUCAGCUACAGCAGAUCAACUUCAUGAGUUUAAUGCAAAUAGUGCAGUCAUCCUUUGGCAACUUGCCAAAUGUGCAACAAAUUUCGCAACACAAUCAGUCUGUUCCCCCGGAAGGAGGUCAGCCUGCACACGCUACUGAAGUUAGAGGCUCUCUGAAAACACAGCUGCCCCCUCAAGAAGAUAAAGGAAGACCUGAUCUUCAACCAAGGAACAGUGUAAGAGAGGAAAGCAACAAUGGCCAUAUAAAAAAUCAUCUGGAUGUUAACGUUUCUUUAAACAGAUUAGAAAGCCAAAGCAAAGCAACAGGAUUUAUGCCUCCAUUUCAAGACUUAUCUUCUUCAGCACUUAUAAAACCACUUCAUCUCCUAGCUUCUUCCUCAGAUGUCCAGAAAACACCAAAGCUUAUCCCUGUAGAAAAAACCAUGAAGUAUUCAAAUGGGUUUCCUUUGCUUAAGCUUGAAUCAGGUCAUCAUUUCAAACCAGCAUUUUUACAUCCAAUGCAAAUGUCAUCAUUGGCUUUUGAUAGACCAAUACCACGAAUUGCCUGGAGUUCAUCAGAUUCCAUAUGGAACCGUCAGUCAUCAGAUAUACAAAGAAAGAGUAAACCAAAAGAAGAUUUGAACAUGCUUAGAUAUGACCCUAAAAUCCCAAGGCAAAUGCCCAAGAAAGAGGCAAGAUGGGCAGAAAAAGUGCACAAGGGACCUCCCAAACACCUGAAUCUAGACCAGUACGAAGGACAGCAAGAAGCUUCACCUCAACAGCAGUCCUCUGCAAAUAUGAAUAUGGACAAAGCACUGAUCACUCAGAAUCUGGCUGGUAUUCCACUAUUGCACUUGCAACUUGACCCAGUACCUAGAGUUCCUCCAGCUGUAAGGCAGCCAAUCACUGCUACUUUAAUACCUAUUAAACCUGAUAUAAAGGAGACUUACUGCAGAGAAACAGCACAGCACACAGGAAUAUCAUUACUUCAUGCUAAUUUAUCUCCAAAAAAGAAGGCACCAAAACUCAUUCCAGUUCGAGACCUCAUUGCAUUUGAACGUCACCAACAUCGUACUGUGCCCAGUAGUUCCUGUGGACAAGACCAACCUGAACCUAUCCAGUUACUGAAAACUGAUGUUGAGCCAUUUGAACUAAGAAAUGUGGACAAUAACAGAAAAAGACAAAAGAGGCGAGAUAAACAAAUUAAAGAGGAGGAGGAAAAGAAGAAAACAAGUGUAUCCUUCUGUUCAGCAGACUCCAUCAUCAGUAUUAGUGAUGCCACAACAGUUGUUGCAUCAGGGACUGAGGAUCAACAAGCAAAAUCUACAUCUUACCUUCAAGAUGCUUUUUGCAUUUCAGUGGGCGCAACAAGGGAAGCAGUUACUACUUCAGCAGAUCUACAUUACAUGGCUUCUACAGGAAAAAAACCAGCAGAAACUCAAGAUGCAAGUACUAAUACUCACCCAGUGCUCAAACCAUAUGAGGAUAUUGGAACCAGUGCUGGCAAUGAGGUUCCUGAACUUCAAAAAAAAGAGUCAGUUGUGUCUGUUCCUGUGCCAGAAUCAUCUAGUGCCCUUGAGAUACUUCCACCAGAUAUGUAUUUAAACCAAAGAUUCCCCUCUGAAGUGACUGAAAGGCCUUUAUCAUCCCUUCUGCUGGAUGUGCGUGAUUUGAGUGAACAUGAAUAUGUCAGUGUGAUUGACAUAGAAGGCAGUAACAUCAUUAACAAUUUGCCCAUGAUACCUGAGUCUGCAGAAGAGAUAGAUACUGUACUGCAAAAUGAGAACUUUGAAAUUCCAUCUACUUCAAAAGUUAAUCACAUAGCAGCUUCUGUUACUACUGUGAUUCCACCCAAGAUGCUUCAGAAGAGAGAUGGUCAUCGAAAAAAUAUAUCAAGGCAAAUGCAAAAGGAAGAUAAGAACUCAUAUUCUGCUGGAGGCGAGGCAACUUGGAACAUAGUACCUGAAGGUGACAGAAUUUUGCCUUCUUCAGGGCUUCCAUCCAAAGUAAUUGGCAAAGAAUACUUUUCCACAAAGCAGCAGGACAUAGAUAUCCAGUUACAGACACUACAGAGCAGAACAAAGGAGGAAGAUUUCAGAAACACCGAACUGCUAGUGAAAAUAAUAGAAGAUUUUGAAGUGGCUGCUAAUUCAAGUGUUGGUGAUCAUCCUUCAUUCUCUGAAGAUGGUAGAAUAAUUGACGAUGAACAUUAUUUGAGGGACAUGAUUUUUGAAGAUGUUACAGAUGUUGAAAAGGAAGCCUUAAACUUGGAAUAUCCUAUACCCGGUUUUACUUCAUUGGAAGUACACUCUCCUGCCUCUUCAGCUUCUGCUUCUAACUUGGCCAGUGGUGUAAAGUCAUCACCUGACUUUCAAGUAAGCAGAGAUCUGUGUGAUAGCUCUUUAGAAGAUUGCCUGCAAAUGACCGGUCUGAGUGGUGUAACUGACAUCAUUAGUGAUCUUAUAAGACAAGGUGACAUCUCCCCGUUGGAGCUGGGCUUUACAAAAACACAAGCUAACAAAAUCUCUAGGGUUCGUGGUUCUGCUGCUGGACGUUCUCAGAAAACAGAGAAGGAGAGGAAAGAGAUACAAGCAUGGAUGAAAAGAAAACGAAGGGAAAGAAUGAGAGAAUAUGUGAAGAAACUGGAUGAACAAAGACAGAAGGAGCAUAAUCCAUUCAAUCCAAGAAAGGAUGUGCAUUGUAGUCCUACUUCAAAGGAUAUUAAAUACUUCCAGAAGAAGAAAGAAGAAAAAGACAAAGCCCUGUUAUCUGAACAUCACAGUGUGAGAAUGUCACAGGCACUUUCUUUGAUGAAUGAAAUGUUAUGUGAAGCAGUGGUGUUACCUGCAAGUGAACAUAAACCAUUGUCCAGGACAAGAACACCUCAGGAGUACAGAAAAAGGUGUGUGGCAUCUACUAAGGGAGGGCAUAUGAAUAGUCCUGGUCCUGUGCUGCCAGAAAGGAGUAGAAUUGCUGCCAAACCCAGCUUUGGUCAAAAAGUGCACCGUUUCACCUCAUCUCCUGGUUUAACACAGUCCAGGGCUACUGAGUACAGAGGCAGCAGAACAUCACAACAAAAGCCUCUACAUGUUGCCACUGCAGCUCAGGCAGAGGGUGUUGAUCAGGAGAGUGAUCGAGACAUAGUAAGUCCUUGGACUGUGCCUGAUGAUAUCCAAAGAAUACUUGAAGAUACUCAGGACUCCUUGUUUCAGGCCUCUGCACUUCAUCCAGUGAGUUUCUCUCCUCUUGGCGUUGUUGACUCUGAUAGUGUUUCUGAAAGCACAGGAAGUAUCCUCAGCAAACUGGACUGGAAUGCAGUUGAGGCUAUGGUAGCAGAUGUGGAAGACAAGUGA